AUGUCUACAAUAAACAUUACGUCCAUUCAGAGUACGGUGUUACAACUGCAUCAGCUUCAUGAGCAAUUAUCCUUGGCAGAAGUUCAAAUGAUCAAUUCCGCCAUAGUUUCCAUGCUCACUAAGUCAUCUUGCCAAAAUGGAGAGACACUAAAAUACUUAGCACGAUUACUUUCACCAACAUCUUAUAUGGAUAUAAUCAAUGCCAGAACAGAGAACAAAUUAUGUGGGUACCCGUUAUGUCAUAAGAGGGUGAUGGAGGAUCUUGUUACUGGUAUCUUUAAACAUCCAAUGUAUUGUAGUAGAUUUCACAGUAAAUGCUCGUUGUAUUUGAUGGGACAAUUGCCUCAAACGUCACUGCAUGAGAGAUUAGGUGUGCAUUUGAUAAGCUACAACAUAUUCAAUUCGAAUAAUGAGUACACAGUAGAUCUUCUAGAGGAAGUAGUUGGAAAUGGGCUAUCUAUAGACGCAAUUAAAUCGUUAAUAGUGAGUUUCAAGGUUCUUGGGUUUGAUGAUGUCUGCGAAGAUGAGUCUUUAUUACUAGAUAAGUACUUUGAACAACUGUUUUCUGAAGAGCAAAAUUCAUGGAAUAUUAGAUAG